ACAGCGGCUCCUGGAUGAUGCUGUUAUGUAAAAACACGCCACACUGCAAAAAUAAGGUGUUUUAUUUAAACCUGCUGCAGAAAAUAUUUCAGCGAUUUUUUUCUGCUUUUGAAGACCGUUCGGCUUGAGGAUGGUUACACUUUUCACUGCCAGUGCAAUAGAAUAGGCUAACAACACUUCAGCUGCGAGCAGUCUUGUUUGUGAGACUGGUGCGCAACUGAAAACUGCCUUGUACUGCCAUAACGGAUCAAGCGACGUGUUUCUCUACACUUCAGCGGUAUCAACUCGUGUGUGGAAACAGAUCCGUGUUUGAGUUGGAUGUAACGCUGGUAAACAGUUCCAGGGAGUAUGCUACCUUUCGGAGAAUAGGAGGGUGGUUGGAGUGGUUUUGCUUCUUUCGUCGUUUAUUAUUUUUUUCGGGGGGUUCCUCGAAUAGAGUGUAGGAAAGCUAGAGGAAGCCACAUCUAAUCAUUCGACAUUGACUUUCGCGGAAGGCUGAGUGAGACGAGCACUUAAAAGUCAAGAACAGAAGCCAGCAAGCCCCCAGCGUCGGACUAACGUUGGACGCUAGUGCGUCGUGUUUAGCGAUAUAUCCACCUCUUCACAACAAGGUGUCCUGGUCGGGAUUGUACUGUAGAUCGCCUACCUAAUAUAUUGUGAACUUGCCUAGGGAGGAGAGUUGCCACAGAGACCCACACGGGCCCAGUGGUGCAGCAUGUGAUGAUCCACGCCCGGAACGAAGGUUCCCUCAGCCAGAGCCGCAGCACAGGUAGGCGGGAACACUGCCCCCAUAGGCCACAUGGUGAGACCAUGGGCGGGGCCUGGCUUGAGCGCACGCUGCGAUUCGGCAGGACCUUGAAGAAGUGUAGGACCAAGCGAGGAAGGGGAGGGGUUAAAGAGAUGCGGGAGAAGGUGCCGGAACGGAAUAGGAGGCGGGGCAGGAAAUCAUAUCCCUUACGAGGAAGGGGAGGGUCUUCGGAGGAAGAGGGACUUAGCUGUCACGUUUUACUCACGCGGUUGGAGGAGGACAUCCAGGAGCAGGAGGACACCAAUGAGAGGGGGAAUGAUUCGCCUACCCAACCGCCCGUCAAACCUGAAUCCCGGAUCAAGAAACUGGGCAAAGGAAAAGGCGAAGCCAAGGGGAAACUCCUGGCGAAGAAGAUGAUUCCCAAAAUGAUAUCCAAAACCACCAGUGAUGUGCAGGAGUCACCGUUGCCAGAGCCGCGUAAGCGACGGCUAGCUUCUCUCAACGCUGAGGCGGUGAACAGUCUGCUGUUGGAGAGACCCAACGAGACCCAGCCGGCUGGAAAACAGGCCAGGAGACAGCAGGAGGAGCCCUCCAGCGAUGAGUCAACCCUGGGGACAGAUCCAGCUAGUGGCGGGGUGGCCGGAGGUCCUAAAGCUCAAAGAGCCAGCAGCAGCAAGGCCUCCAUAUUGCACAAGCCUGAACUGUGCCGACGCUCCAAAAAGGCCAAGAAAGUCUCCAAGAAACGGACCAAACCAGAUAAAGGAGAGAAGAAAGAGACUGCGAUGAUGACUCUACAGAUGUUACACACCCCUGCUCCUCGACGGCUAGCCGGACUCAACGCUGCCGCGCUGCUUAAGUUAACGAGCACCUCCGCAACUAGCAAACAGCGAGUGAAACCAACAUCGACUACGACGACCGACUGCAAGACCACGAGCGCCGCAUCAGUUGAUGUGAAGCAGAAGCAACCGCGACUGAAUCUUAAACAGUGUGGCCGCCAGCCUAAGCAGAAGGGAAGGAAGUUGAUUCCAGAACAGGGAGGCUGCAAGAAGUCCAACUUUGAGCCCAAAGUGGAGUGGGAGUCUGGAGGUUGCACCCACCGGCUAACCAAACCAGGCUACCAGUCACGCAGCAUGCUAGCCUACCCGCUGAAGCCUGUCGUCAAAGAGGAGCAGGUUGAGGCAGAGCUGAGACCGUACUACUGCUGCCCCCCAGAGGGUUCUGUGGAGUACUGCCACCGCCUAGCAUUGUUCCUGGGUCAGAAGGCCUAUGCUGACUCAGAAGAACAACCUUUAAACGCUGCAAUGACCCCUAUAAAGCGGGAGUGCCUGGUGACAUCGCCCUCCGUGGCCCACCCCCAUUCCCAUGCAGCCCUGACCCUCAGCCCCCACCCUUGCCUCUGCACCGCCGACCCCGCCUGCUUCUCCAGCUACUACGUCCACAUCGCACACCCCGGAGCUCCGUCGACCACCCUCAGCUCGCGACCUCUGAACUUUGGCCCCUCGACAAUGUGUCCCGGCAUGGUGUCUGGGUCCAAGCUGCUGCGUCCUCCGGUGUCCCAUGCCUCGACACUGGCCCAUCCUGCUUUCUGUGGCUCAGUGGGCUCGCCCUACUACAGCAAGGCCUGCCAUGUCAGCGGCUACACCUACAGAGCCAUGCAGCCGGUCAACAACAGGGGGUGCUCUUUCUCCACAGGCUGUUCCGGGUUUACACACGGCAUCAAGACAGAUGACCGUAGCUCUGCUGCGAGUGGCGUGGACGUGGCGGACCGCCUGACGUACCUGGAGCAGCGGAUGCAGAUGCAGGAGGAUGAGAUCCAGCUGCUGAAGAUGGCCCUGGCCGACGUCCUCAAGAGACUCAACAUCUCAGAGGAACACCAGGCCGCCAACACCAAGAAAGGGCCUGCUGGGAAAGCAGCUAGGCCUGUGUCUCUGGCCCUGCCGUCCAGACCAUCAAUGAACAGCCCUGCCUCUUUGAAGAAGAGUUACACAACCUCCACACUGCCCUCUACAUCCACCGCACGGAACUACAGCCCCUUACCACCAGCAUCAGCCAAGAGUGGUGUGAAGAGUCCGGUAGGCAGUGUGAAGGAGAGUCCAUGUAUCUCUAAAACGGCUCGGCCUGGCCCCCGACCUGGCCCCCCAGGGUCCACAGCCCCCGGCAGUAAGAAAGCUGAAAGCAAAACCAAGGAGCCUGCAGCCAGUGUCGGGUCGAGGCAGGUGACGCACUGUAAAGUGACUAUGCAGAUCUAUCUGAACCCCCUAACAAGAAGGACUGGGUCUUCUGAAGCGGCCAAAUCAGCCCCCACGGUCCCCAACUCUAGACCCACCAGAACCCCCACCCCUCCUCAGACCAAAGGAGGCCCCCCCACCUCAGACCGAACUAAGCCCGAGACAUGCAAAACACCCCCCGCCUUCACCCUCCCCCUGCAGAAAAGCACCAAUCAGAAUAUGUAUUCUUCCAUGGAAAUGUCCAAUUACAAAAGCCCCCUCAAAUCACCAAGCCAGUACUUCCAAAUCUGUUACUAAGGCAAUAGGGUAGGGUAGGAGGAGGUAGAGGUUGCUCCUAACCAUUGGUCUAGGUUCAGAUAAAAGGUUAAGGUUAGGAUUGGGGGAGGGUAAUCUGAUUCUAGAUCUGUGGUUAAGGGCAGCUUUUACGUCAAGCUCUUACAAGUGUAGUGGGCCUGUAAGCGAACUCGGUUUUCACGAUGUUUGAAAAAUGUUUGCGUUUCUAGCAAUGUGAGCGAAUUUAGAAGUAGAGGUUGUCUUCAGUAAUGUUUGAGAUUGACUGAUAGUUACAACGUUUUGGUUUUGAGGUGUUUAGUUUCACCAGCAGUAAAGGGAAUAGUGAGUUUGUUUGUUUUGUUGCUUUUCCUAGCACCAUCCGUGACCAUAGUCCUCUUACCUUUUUCCCCUGUUUAAUUUCUUACAUAUUUCUGUCUGUCAACUGAAAGCCUGUUUUUUUUCUCCUGAUCCUUUCUGUUUUAACGUCUCCAUUUUGUGUGUGUGCUUUGUAGUUUUAUUUCAGUAAAAUAUGAAUCAUCUCCCUGACUUUGGGGAUGUAUGAGUGAAUUCUCUUAUUUGGUUUAUGAGUGUAUUUGUCUUGUCUCUGUUGACAGCCAUUAAACAUUUCAGUCAUCACCUA